GGGGAGGAAACCCCAUGGCGUCGCGUCACGUCGGGGGCGGGGCGGGAUUACCGAGGGGCGGGGCUGGUGUCCUUUAGGCCGACGCUUGAGCGGGGAGAGUGGACUGGACUAUCUGGUGGUCUGAGAGGCAUUGCUGAAGUAUGUGCGGGCGAACGUCCUGUCACUUGCCUAGAGAUGCUCUCACUAGAGCCUGUGCCUAUCUGGAUCGGCAGGGCAGGCGUCAGCUCCCGCAGUGGAGGGACCCUGAUAAGUACUGCCCCUCCUACAACAAGAGCCCUCAGUCUAGCAGCCCAGUGCUUCUCUCCAGACUGCACUUUGAAAAGGAUGCAGAUUCAUCAGAUCGGAUAAUUUUUCCCAUGCGAUGGGGCUUAGUCCCAUCUUGGUUCAAAGAAAGUGAUCCUUCCAAGCUGCAGUUCAACACUUCCAACUGCCGUAGUGAUACCAUAAUGGAGAAGCAGUCGUUCAAGGCUCCACUGGGGAAAGGACGGCGGUGUGUUGUCUUAGCAGAUGGAUUCUACGAGUGGCAGCGAUGUCAGGGAACAAACCAGAGGCAGCCGUACUUCAUCUAUUUUCCUCAAACCAAAACAGAGAAGUCAGGUGAGAACAAUGCUUCAGACAGCCUUGACAACAAGGAAGAGGUCUGGGACAACUGGAGGCUGCUGACAAUGGCAGGGAUCUUUGACUGUUGGGAACCCCCAAAGGGAGAGCGCCUGUAUUCCUACAGCAUCAUCACUGUGGAUUCCUGCAGAGGUCUGAGUGACAUCCACAGCAGGAUGCCUGCCAUACUGGAUGGAGAAGAGGCGGUCUCCAAAUGGCUUGACUUUGGUGAGGUCUCCACUCAGGAAGCUCUGAAGCUAAUCCACCCCAUAGAUAACAUCACCUUCCAUCCAGUUUCUCAAGUGGUGAACAAUUCCCGAAACAACACUCCUGAGUGUCUGGCUCCUGCUGACUUGCUGGUUAAGAAGGAGCCCAAGGCAAGUGGCAGUAGUCAAAGGAUGAUGCAAUGGCUGGCUACAAAGUCACCCAAAAAGGAAGUCCCUGACUCACCCAAAAAGGAUGCAUCAGGUCUACCCCAGUGGUCCAGCCAGUUUCUACAGAAGAGCCCAUUGCCGACUAAAAGAGGUGCCAGCAGCAGCCUCCUAGAUCGAUGGCUGAAGCAGGAGAAGGAGGAUGAGCCGGUGGCCAAGAGGCCUAACAGCUAGUGACACUCCUCCAUACCAGGCCUCAGCCUGAUACAGUAUUACUGAUGUCACCAGCUGCCCGGAAUUGUAUCCAUUUACUUGGAAAGGUGGUGGUUCUGUCAGCUGACCUUUAUGGACCUAGAAGAACAAGUCUACUGUGAGACAGCCUAGGAGGGCUAGCAACCAUGGCUCCCUGUGGGCCCUGCUACCCCUGGCUCCUUGCUAGGAGCUUUCCUGUCCCUCCUGCUCCACAAAGGAGGCUCUUCGCAACCUCUGGGCUCUCCUUGAGAGUUAAGUUUUUUAAAUGUAUUUGUUCUAAAUAAAUUGCUUUUGAUAAACCUUGGCUGGCAAGAGUUCUGGUCUUGCCCAGUUCUCCCUGA